AUGUCCGCCAGCUAUCACUCCCAACCCAUCGGCGCUAGCUCAUCUGCCCACAACAUACCCAGCUCCUCCCAUACCCCGACAACCCGCCCAGAACGGCGUCGUCGGCAUCGUCCUCGCUGUGGGCAAUGUGGCUCUCGUCACUUUCGUCGCAAUGCGAGCACGGGUACCUUGGUCUGUAGGGAGGGGCACGUGCUGCAAGGCUACAGAGAGGAGGAGGUGCACGAUGAUAUGGAUUUUCAGCAGCUGGGAUAUCGUAGGCAGGAAAAGAAGGGUGGGAGGAAGAAGAAGGAGAAAGAGAGAGUCGAAGUUUGGAAAGGUCCUCGAGCCCGUUUCCUCACAUUCGAAUGCCUGCAACUCAUCCUUCGCCUACAACUCAAAGCCCUUCGAGUUGAAUGGCCGCACCUUCCCCCCGAGAUCGAAGCCAUAGCUCGGGACCUCUGGGCUAUGUACGUGUCCACAUACGAAGACCUCGAUGCUACGCCCUACAAAGAAAACCUCGAUUUCGUCACUGAGCAGAUCCGGACUGCUCGCGAGGAAGAAGAGGAGGAAAUGCAAGGACGCCGAGCGGGGAGAGCGGCCCGGCGGGCGAAUAGGAGGAGGGAUCGCGCUAUCGAAGAAGAGAAGGAAAGGCUGUCCCAAAGUCAGAGGCAAGAGAUGGAGGAAGAGGAACAGAUGCGAGACCUAGAGAGGAGGCUGGAGGCUGACAUGCGGGGGCAGACCGCAGAUCAAGAUCCCCCAGACCAACCUCACACCUCUCAGGCCAAACGCCAAGGCACCCCCUCGUCACCUCAAUGGCGUCGCUUUCGUCCCCUCGUCCACCUCUCCUCCAUCCUCUAUCUCACCCUCGUCGCAGCUCGUAUACCCAUUUUCUGGUCCGACAUCCGGGAUCUGUACCUCUCAAGCCGCAUUCCUUACCUCUCGGCCUUCCUCCUCCUCCCGCCUGCCAUGACCGACAAGCUACCCGCUUCUCAGCUAGCAAAGCUGGAGGAGACGACGAUCCCUUCUGUGCCUACCUUGCAGGAGUGUACAGGCUUGCUUGCGGGAGACCUGACCCACAGAUACGGGCUUCAGUUCCCAGAGCUCAAUGCUGCUCCUGUGGUUUGGAGGUGUGUCCGAGGCAUGGGGCUCCCUCCUGGAUUCUAUCAGCUUGCGUUAUCCCUCUUGACGUACUUGGGAAUACCACUGGCUGUUGUACCUAAGCAAGCUGUCAGCGACCCAUGGAGCUAUCUCAACGACGGCGCGGAGAAAGGGGCCGACGAAGGGGAGAGCACGCCCGUCCAGCUUCCACCGCUUACUGCACGCCUCAAUAUCACAACGCGUGCGCCCGUCGCAGGCAGAUGCACCAUCAUCAUGGCAGCCGUGAUCGUGGCAGCCAAAAUGGUCUAUGGGCUGGACGGACUACCGCGAUCGCUCGUCAGCAGCUCCAGCGCACCUCCCUGCACUCCGCCCCUGUCAAAGUGGCUCUCCUGCCUCUCCCACGCCAGCUCCCUACGCCUCGCCAGCCCCCACCUCGCCCAUGAGCUCCGUGUUCCCCCAUCAUCUCUGGAUGAGGACAGUCUCGAUGCGCUCAUCGGCUUCGCGGAGCAGUCUUUCCUGCAGCGUACGCAGCCUAACAUCAGGCGCACGACGAGAAAGGAGGAGAUGCGCGAUCUGUUCCCUAGCGAGCGGCUAGGCGAGGGGAGCAUGCCGCAUUCCUUGCCGCCUUUCAGCAUGGUGACCGAGGAGGGGAGCAGAAAAAGUCUCUGGGAGGUGAGGGAGGAGAUGGCUGAUCGAUUGAAUGAGGAGAUUUACGAGCACAGUAGAGAGGGCUUCGACGAAGCUGAGGACGCGGCUGCGCAGCUUGGCAGCCCGAAUCAGGGCGCCAGUCCCUCCCUACUUCCCGGCGAAGACUACGCGGUCCAAUCCUCCUCCGACCAGCAGGGCGUACUCCAUCCCUCCUUCCAAGCUGUUCUAGAUCACGCAGCCAGUAUUGUUGGCCUGGCAUCCACGUGCACUGCGGUCACUGGAAAAGUUCACGACGACGGACAAGGUGUUCAGUCAGACUCGAAGCGGGUAGCAGGCGAGGCCAGGGGUGACGAGAUGGCUAUCAUUGUGGGGGACAUUGAACGACUACUCCUGAGAAGGAUGACGGUCAAGAGGGACAGGCGGGGCGACAGAGCAAGAAGAGCCGCCGCUACGGCUGGCGGGGAGGUGGUUCAAGGGUGA